AACUUUUAUAAGUUUGAUUGCAAGAGCAAUACACUUGAUUUUUUUCUAAUGAAAUUGGCAGGUGAGAUCUGAAAACAAACAGCAAAGUAAUCUUUCCCAAGUGUCGUUGCGGAUGUUUCACCAUCGGAGUAUUUUUCUUGUGGCACACAGGUCUUGGUUUUGGAUUCAUCCAACAUGUCUAGCUCUUACAGAAUCAGGAUCCAGGAUUUCAAGGUGGCCUUGAGUGAAGAGAAGCUUGACUUAAAGGUGCUUCGGGAACUUUGCUUUAGCGGUAUCCCGUUUGAAGGAGGCAUCCGUGCACUUUGCUGGAAAGUCCUGCUCAAUUACCUGCCUUUGGACCAGAUGAUAUGGGACUCCUUCCUCAAAAAGCAGAGGGAGGUGUAUUCCCAGUUCCUAAAGGAGAUGAUCAUCCAGCCAGGCAUCGCUAAGGCCAACCUGGGCCUCUCCAGAGAGGACGUGACUAUGGAGGACCACCCUCUCAACCCCAACCCAGACAGCAAGUGGAACAACUACUUCAGAGAUAACGAGGUGCUGCUACAGAUUGAUAAAGAUGUCCGGCGCUUGUACCCCGACAUGGCGUUCUUCCAGCGGCCCACAGACUACCCCUGCCAGCUGAUCCUGGAUCCCCAGAACGACUACGAGACACUCAGGCGCCGUGUGGAACAGACUACCCUCAAGGCCCAAACUGUGGACCGCAACCGCAGCGGGGUCACCAAUGUGAGCUCCCCGGGCAAGGCCCUUAACCUGUACCCGUCCAACGAGUACGAGGUGCUGCCCAGCGGCUGCGAGGCACACUGGGAGGUGGUGGAGCGAAUCCUGUUCAUCUACGCCAAGCUCAACCCGGGCAUCGCCUACGUGCAGGGCAUGAACGAGGUGGUGGGCCCUAUCUACUACACCUUUGCCACCGACCCCAACAACGAGUGGAAAGAGCACGCCGAGGCAGACACCUUCUUCUGCUUCACCAACCUGAUGUCAGAGAACCGGGACAUGUUCAUCAAGAGCCUGGACGACUCGCAGUGCGGCAUCACCUACAAGAUGGAGAGUGUCUACUCCAUGCUCAAAGAGAAGGACAUGGACCUCUAUAUGAAACUGCAGGAGCAGAACAUCAAGCCGCAGUACUUCACCUUCCGCUGGCUGACCCUGCUGCUGUCCCAGGAAUUCCUCCUGCCCGACGUCAUCCGCAUCUGGGACACGCUCUUCUCCGACCAGGACCGCUUCGACUUCCUCAUCCUGGUCUGCUGCGCCAUGCUCGUACUGAUUCGAGAUCAGUUGCUGGCAGGAGACUUCACGGUCAACAUGAGACUGCUGCAGGACUACCCCAUCUCAGAUGUCCACACCAUCCUGGCCAAGGCCAAGGAGCUUCAGGGUGGCUCAUAGCCACCCCUCCCCCUAUCUCCCUCUCCUGGAUUUGGGGGAUGCACCAUUGAAACUGGUAACCCUAGGUGACAACAAGGCCCCAUUGCACCCUGGGAGGGAGAGGAAGCCACCUGGUGCCGGGGUGGUGCACGGUUGGUCAAAGCAACCAAACUCGAUACUUAGACUUCUUGUCUCACUCUCACAGCCCGACAGUAUUUCCACUCUCUCAGAGAGGGUGUGUGGGCUCAAGCUAUUUAUUUUUGCACUGAACACUUGAAAAAAAUGACAAUCUACAUAUAUGAAGCAGAGAAACCAGUUACCCAUACAACAGCGUCAUUAUAAAGUUUGUCAGUGCUAUUAUAACACUCCUAGGUUAUUUUAAAACUAAGGUUUUUUUUUUUUCAGUUUGUUUAUUUUUUACAUGUGAACAUGGUUCUUUUUUAUUGUGUCGCUCGUACGAAAGACGAAAUAUAAUACUACCGUGUAAAGUCUAACCACAACAAAAAAUAAGUAUAGAUUGUUACUAGGAUCGUAUGCCUUUGGUAAUGGGCAAUUGAAACGUGAAGGUCCUCUCUGUUUGUUUUCAGUUAAACUCAGUCUGGCCAGUUUAACGCCAGCCAGUUGUGUCCUCUCCCUUGAAUUUCCAAUAUUAAUGUAUGUUUGAAAAUGUUGGUAUCAAAUGAAUGGGGUGUGAAACCUGUACCUUACUCACUAACCCAAAGUGCAUGCUUAUACGUUAGCCCAAAAGCUAAUGAAGCAACAGGCAGGAAGGAAACGCUAAAUUAACCCUUUCAUUGUCUUAAAUCUAGCCUUAGGGGGAAAUUGAUAUGAUGAUGAUGAUGGUCUAUUUUAUUGUAAGGGCAUUACUUUGCAAACAAAACAGUCAGAUUAAAUUGGGCAUUCAAGUUUUUAAUAUAUUUUGAGUAAUUUCUUAAUAUAUUUUUAGUCAUUUCUGGUCGCAUUAAAAAAGUGGUUCACAUGUAAAGCAUAAUAAAUGGAACAUUAAUGACAUGUUAAGUGAGGAAUAACACAUUUUGCUCUGCAUACUGUUGGAUAAUUAGAGAGAACAAAUUAUUUGAUAAUAAUAAUUAAAUAUGUAUAAUUAAUGACAUUAAAAUGCUAUGAUAACA